AUGGAAUCGCAGAAGAGGAAGCUGGGGGAUGACGGCGAGGCGGAGGGAAAGAGAGCCGAGGAAGGGGAGGCGAAGGUGACGGAGGAGGCGGAGGUGGAGGAAUUCUUCGCAAUUCUGAAAAGAAUACACGUGGCGGUUAAGUAUUUCGAGAAGGCUAACGGCGGGGGACGUACGUUGAGGGGUGAAGGUGAAUGGAGGCCGAGUUUUCUGUUGGAGGAUUUCGGGGAAGAUCACGACGUUAAGAAUGAAGGAAAGCGGGAGGAUUCGGAAGAGGAUUCGGGUUUGGAUCUUAAUUUGGAGCCUGCUUCCUAA